AUGGCGUCUGAUGAGUGGCGAAUGUGUACUGACUGGCUUGUAAGAUGUCAAAUAUUGCCAUCAGAUCACAAAGCUAAUCAAGUUCAGGCCAGUGCCUUUGAUUUGGCACAAGCCUUGAGAGAUGGAGUACUCAUAUGUCAUCUGCUUAAUCAGCUGUCCCCGAGUUGCGUAGACCAAAGGGAUUUUAGUCCAAGACCACAAAUGUCACAGUUUUUAUGUAUGAAAAAUAUCAGAACAUUUCUACAGACAUGUAAAAGAAAUUUUGGAUUACGUGAUUGUGACUUGUUUCAACCAGUAGAUUUAUUUGAUGUUAAAAAUUUCAGAAAGGUAUUAGAAACCUUGUCGAAAUUAUCCAAAACAGAUUUGGCUGUUGGCAAAUACAGAGGAUUUCCCAACGAUGUUAAGCACUUUUCUGGGCAUACAUAUAAUAAUGAUUUGGAAGCAACUGGUUUCCCACCUGAUAAUGUACAUAGUUCUGAAGAUGAGGAUAUUUAUGGUAACCUGCAAGAUUUAGCCGAUGAAAAUGACCUGCUUGACCAAGAAGAAAUCUAUGAUAGUGUACAAAAUGAUAAUGAUGAUGAUGAAAUUUAUAAUGAUGUUAUACAAUUACAGAAAGACAACAGACGACUUUCAACACAAUCAUUACCACCUCCUACCUGCAAAAGAGAACAUUGUAUAAAAGAAUUGAUAGAUACAGAGAAAAACUAUGUUGAUGCACUGAAUAUGAUUGUUGUGCAUUUCAUUAAAAAAUUAACUACUGUUUUGAAUGUACAAGAAAGGGGCAUAAUUUUUGGUAAUAUUGAGAAAUUAUAUGAAAUACAUAAAGCAUUUUAUGAUGAUUUAUUAAGAACAGUGAUGUCUUCCUCAGCAAAAUUAGCUGAUAUUUUUAUUCGAUAUAAAACCGAACUUGUAAUUUAUGGAGACUAUUGUGCUAAUUUACCAUCUGCCCAGGAAUCAAUAGAUAAAUUAUGUGAAGCUGAAAUGCCUCGACAAAAAAUUCAGGAAUGUGAAAGGAAUGCCAAUGAGGGUAAAUUCAGAUUGCGUGAUUUAUUGUCAGUUCCAAUGCAACGUGUACUGAAAUAUCAUCUUCUACUCAGAGAAUUAAUCAAAUCAGAACCUUCACACCCAGAUAAACCUUCUUUGGAAGGAGCACUGGCAGCCAUGCAGGAUUUAUCGUUAUAUGUCAAUGAAGUGAAAAGAGAUCAUGAAUCAUUACAAUUAAUAGAAGAAAUACAGAAUAGCAUAGUUGAUCUGAAAAUGCCUUCUAAAACAACUCUCCGAGAUUAUGGUAGGUUCCAGAAAGAUGGAGAGUUGAAAGUUUCAUCACAUAUGGAUUCUCGAGUUCGCAACAGACACAUUUUCCUGUUUGAUAAAGUCAUGCUGAUGUGCAAAGCAAGGAGUGAGACAUACAGUUAUAAAGAUGCUAUAGUGCUUGCAGAAUUUAAAAUUGAUGAAACACAGCUGAAUAAUGAAGGAAAAAGCACUGGUUCAAGAAAUUGGAAUUGGCCAUUCAUAAUGUUUAAGAAAGGUGGAGGAACAGCUUACACAUUCUUUGCAAAAACAGAAGACGCCAGACAGAAAUGGGUGGAAGCAAUUAACAUGGCACUAGAUAAUACACAGCCUCAAGCUGGACCAGAUUAUAUUAUGUAUACAUUUGAUAAACCAAGAGAAUGUGACGUCUGUCAUAAAUUACUCAGAGGUGUUUUCUUUCAAGGUUACCUCUGUCAAUCUACAAGUAUGGCUGUGCAUAAAGAGUGCAUAAACAAAGAAGAAAAAUCAAGCGAGACAACAAUAUCAAUACAGAAAGCACGUGCCAACAAGCCAUAUUCGGGUACCAAUCCUGCUCCAAAUGGUCACCAUGCUUUAAGAUUUAAUAUUGGUGACAAUAUAGAGGUUUUAGACAGAAACGAUUCAAAAUUCUGGAAGGGUCGUUUCCGUGGUGAUGAAGGUUACUUCCCAGCUGAUCAUGUGACGUUAACCAAAGUUGUGACCCGAAAGACAUCGUAUAUUGAUGUACGGAAUACUGCCAAUGGAGUUCAUUUCAUAUCACCUUCACGGCCAGAAACUCUCCGACCUUUAGAACAUUUCCCUUGGUUUGUUGGUGAAAUGGAACGUGAUACUGCCCAUGCCGCAUUAGACAUAAGUGAGGAUGGAACCUUUUUAAUUCGAAGAAGUAUUAAUCCUGCAAGAAAUGGUCUUUUAUCUUUAAGUAUUAAAUAUGCCAAUGCAGUACGUCAUAUAAAAGUAAAUGAAAGUAAUGGAGGUGUAUACUUGGCUGAGAAUAAAGUGUUUGAUUCUGUUCAGAGAAUGGUCGAAUAUUAUCAGAAUAAUACAUUACAAGAUAGUUUUCCAGAUGUAAAAACAACUUUGAAAAUUCCAUAUCAAAGUGACAGAGGACAAAGAAUAUUAGGGUAUGCUAUUGUGUUGUAUGAUUAUGCAGCUACUUCCAUUUCUCAAGUUUCUUUAAUCACUGGAGAUCGAAUAGCCAUCACUAGUAAAAAUGGCAAUGAUAAAGGAUGGUGGAAAGGUAAAAAUCUCAACACAGAAAGGUCUGGCUAUUUUCCCUUGGCAUAUGUUACAGAAGAUGUGGAAGGCAACUAA